CAAUUACAUACAUGUACUCUAUAAUGAUGAUAAUAAAUACAUCCUUUUUAAAAGCGUUUUGUUGUAUCAAGGUCGGGUGCGGUCAGACUCGUUUGGCAGUUGGAAUCCUUUAUAGGAAAGGUGUUUAUGCAGUUAUGGAAGAAAGUGGUGUAACGAAUAGUGCCGUAAAAUCUGAUAAGCACGUGGGUACUAAAUCGUGGUUUGUUACAAGUGCCACCGUCAGUUUCACACUACGUGCUUCAGCCCCAUGGUGACCAAGGUGCCAGAUGGUGGCUGGCAGUGCCCGAAAUGCAGAGUCGUCGAUUCCGGCAACUCCCAUCAGUCCUCGACUUCCAGAGACUGGGGAAAAGGGAUGACGCUCCUCGGUAAGACCAAGACCUCUCGAAUACCUAUCGACCAUUUUGGGCCGAUCCCAGGAGUUGACGUCGGUAUGAUGUGGGGGGACAGGGAACAGCUGAGGGCGUGUCCGCAGGUGUCCGAGUCGGGCGUGCAUCUACCACCUGUGUCAGGUAUCCAUGGGCGCGACAAGCGCGGCGUCUACAGCAUCCUGCUCUCAGCCAAUGACUACGAUGUCGAAGACUCCGGGUACGAGUUCACGUAUUCCGGCAGCGGCAAGAACGACUCCACGCACCAGACGCUGACCAAAGAGAACAAGGCACUGGCGAGGAACUGCGUGGCUCGGCUACGCAAGAACGGCUACCACGCGGGCGUGGAUUGGCGGCGUGGGCUGCCAGUGCGUGUGGUACGCACCUUGUACAAGAACACGGGCUUGACCGAGCCUCAGCCGUGCCAGGGAUUCAGAUACGACGGCAUCUACAAGGUAGUGAAGUACUACCUGGAGACGGGGCCUUCCUGCUUCAGGGUGUGGAAGUAUCUGCUGCGGAGGGACGACCCCAGCCCGGCACCCUGGUUGCCAGGACACGUCGUGGAGAAGUGGCUGGUGCAACCGAGCACGAGCUUGAGAACCGUGUCGCCAGUAGACCCGACACCUGACACUCCGCCAGGAUCGCCGACCUUUUGGCCACCCUACACCCCGCCCUACUCGCCUGAAGCGUCAACGAACCCAUCACCCAACCAGUCGCCUGAACCAGUCACCAAAACAUCAAAGUUGGAAGAAACCGAAAACAUAACAGCAAAAAGUUGCGGCAUCAAGAUACCUUCCACGUUGUGGAAUAGAAAACAUAAUACGGCUCAAAAUAUGAACAGCUUAAUAAGCAUUGCAGAGAGAGAGGCCAUCCAAGCCGACAAAGAAAAUGUUAAUCUGUGGGACGAGGGACUUGCAAUUUGCGGAAAAAAAGGGAGAAAGGAGUUCGAGGAGUACGUGACGCAGCACUUCCUGUGUUCCAUCUGCCACGAGGUAGCGGUCGGCCCCGCCACCACCGCCUGUCUCCACAACUACUGCCUGAAAUGCCUCAAGGAAGGGUGUAAAUGGAACGACAACCGGGACUGCCCGACUUGCCGACUCGGUAAUGUCAGGGUCACUAUUACCAUUAAUGAAAAUAUGUGCCGCGCAAUAAGAACUGUGUUCGCCAGAUACCACGCCGCGGAUUAUUAUGGUGAAGAUACCCAAAAAUAGUGGAAAAAUCGUCGUGAUUUUGCAAGAGGAUUAAAAAAUAUUCCAAAAUACGAUCUAGUUCUAGCGCUGACAAUGAUGUCGGGGUGUAUAGAAGGGGUAAUAUUUUAAGACGAUGAUAUUUUUUUUUUAAUUUGGUGAAUUUGAUGCCCCGUAAAAGUGCUACAAGCGUUCCUAGGACUGUAAGAUGAAGCAGGUAUGCUUUUUGUUGACACAUUAAGUCCAUUCCACAGAAAUAUCGGGCAGUACACAUACGAGUGCAUUAUAGAGAAUCAAAUACAGAUUCAAGAUGAACUUGACAGCACUUCAGCCGUUCAGUUUGCUCCAGAGUAAGGUGCCUUGACAUCAGCUGAUAAUUGUAAUGUAACUCCAGGAAUACCUUAGCUAAUCCAACCUAAUUUUGAUAUGUGGUGUCUAAUUACCUGUGACGAUCAAUCUCUAGCUGCUGAUUAUGAAAAAAAGUAGAAAUACCAAUAUGAUUUUUCAGAAAUAUAUUUUAUGGAUCUUAACAGUGAGAAAAUUUUGUUGCUAAAGAAGGACAUUGUGUUAGUUCAAGUGAGUGAUAAUCAUAAGGUGUUAAGGUUACGGAGACCAUCUGUUAAGACUCCCGCAACACAAACAAUAACAAGAACCAAUUUCUAACAUUACUAACUAAACUUAUUUAUAAGAUUUAUUUUGUUUUAAUAAACUGAUAAGUAAAUUUAAAAUAUGAA